ACUCGAAGCCUCUCCUUAGUCCUCACAAACCCGCCUCCUCUCUCACAAAUCACAAUUUUCUCCUCUCCUUUCUCACUGCUCUUUCGUUCUUUCUUGAUCACCAAUUCUCCACCCAAAAUCCAGCAAAACCAUACAUAGCUAGCAACCUUUCUCCGUCGUUCAAAUCACUACUCUCUCAUUCUCUCUCGAUCUCCUUCUUCCAUCACCAAAUCCCUCACACGAAUAACCUUUCUCUCCAUCCUCUACCACCACAGACACGGUAAUAACCUCCUCCUCCACAUCACAGUAGCGCCCCGCAACCCAUUGCAAUGAAACCCACACCAAUAACCCAAAACGAAACCCAACAACAUUCUCAAUCUUUCUAGAGGUUCCAGAGUUCCAUAUGAUAUGACAUGUGGGCUUUUAUAAGUAGUGUUCGAAUUCUAGGCUGCUGUCGUAUCUAUCUUGCAACCUCCUCUACUUUCCAUAAGCGGUCUCCUCCUUUUGCUUUUGCUGCUUCCAUAAAAAACAAUACAAACAACAACAUGAGCUCUUCUUUUUCUCAUUCCAAUAGAGGAGGAAGAGGUUUGGAGAUGCAAAACGAUAGAGAAGGGUCUAGAGGCCGAGGCCGCGGCAGAGGGGGAUCUAGUAAGGAUAAAAUUGAUGCACUUGGCAGAUUGUUGACACGGAUCUUGCGUCACAAGGCUUCAGAGUUGAACUUGAAUAUGCGAAGUGAUGGGUUUGUCAAAGUUGAGGAUUUACUAAAGCUCAAUAUGAAAACAUUUGCUAAUGUUCCGUUAAGAUCACAUACUGAUGAUGAUGUUAAAGAGGCUGUUAGAAAAGAUAAUAAGCAGCGACUUAGCCUCCUGGAAGAAGGCGAGGAGCUUCUGAUACGUGCUAACCAAGGCCACUCGAUAAAGACAGUUGAAUCUGAAAGUCUGUUAAAAGCAAUUCUUUCGCCCGAGGAAAUUACAGUGUGUGUACAUGGGACCUAUAAGAAGAAUCUAGACUCAAUUUUGGAAUCUGGUUUAAAGAGAAUGCAAAGAUUGCAUGUUCACUUCUCCAGUGGUUUGCCAACAGAUGUUGAAGUGAUUAGUGGUAUGAGACGGGAUGUUAAUGUUUUGAUAUUUCUUGAUGUCAGAAAAGCACUUGAAGAGGGAAUGAAGCUUUACAUUUCAGACAAUAGGGUGAUUUUGACAGAAGGUUUUGACGGCACCGUACCUGUCAAGUAUUUUGAAAGAAUAGAAUCUUGGCCUGAUAGACGGCCUAUACCCUUCCAGACGACCUAAAUUUGAUUGUAGGUGGUCCUCCUUUUGACCCAUAAAGAUGGUAGUUUACAUUUGAUAAGGCGUGGUUCUUCAGCUGCCAUGGCAUGCAAACUGGGCACAUAUUCAGCUGACGCUAUUGUAAGUUAGAAUGUUGCAAGGAAGGUGAUGAAAAAAACCAAGCUGAAGCUUUCGCCCUGUUUGGAAUUGCGCUUCAAAUGUGAUCAGGCGAAAUUUUAAUUUUUCUAUUUAAAAUUAAUUUUUUAAAAUCAUUUUAAUAUGUUUAUAUCAAAAAUAAUUUUUAAAAAAUAAAAAAAAUAUUAUUUUAAUAUAUUUUUAAAUAAAAAAUAUUUUAAAAAUAGCUACUCCAAUUCUAAACAUUCCCAUCAUUUGAAUGUGAAUGUGAGGUAUUAUGUUAUGUUUAUAUUUGCUUGUCAAUGGUAUGAAACUGUGAUGAAUGAUAUGCUAAUUGUUUUUAGACAAAAACAGGAAUUGUAAACCUUCAAACGACAAUUUGAAUUAUCAUGUUAUAUAAAUACACAAUGAAAAUUAAAAAAAAUAAUCAAUUUUUAACCAAACUGAACUGGAACUGAAUUGCUUAGUUAUUUCAGAUUUGAUAAUUAGGUCUGAAUCGGCAUUAAUUGGGAUUCUUCUCAGCCCAAACCAACCUCUAAAAGCCUCUCAAUGUGAUGGAGAGUAGAAAAGCCAGAACCCAACAAUAAAGAACAAGUCACUUUCCUUGCCCCAUUGUCUAUAGUUAAAAACCCUAAUUCCUUCCAUUGAAUCCAAAAUAGAUAAUGGGGUGGAAGGAAAGAUUGGUUAGUGAUGAGAGCUUUCUUUAAUCUCUUGUAUUGUGAGCAACUGCUAGGGUCUAGAUCUACAAUCUGAAAGCAUUUGCUGAUCUCAAUGCUAAUUCUUGGCAAAUGGUUGAUCUUGCAACAAUUACAAGACAAUCAAGCUGGCGGCUGGAACUAGUCAGUGGGGAGCAACACCCUCAAUCUUAGCCAAGUAAUAAACUGCGACCAACGGGAACUGUUCUUAUCUUGUGGAGAUCACCGCCACCCUCAGUUCCACGGUCACAAUUUGGUGAUUGCCGCUUCUCUUAUCCCCAACCAAUGAUGUUCAGUGGGCAACAGGAAUCGGCCUAUUAUGUUGGUGAUCAACAGUACAUCCAGCGUCAAACAAUGAUGGACAGCGAGCGGCAAAGAUCAUAAGCCUUUAUUUUGGUGAUGAACAGUUAUCUCACCCUCCAAGAGCGAUGCCCGUCAGCCCGCGAGAUCACCGUUAUUCUCAGUCUCAGUCUCAGUCAAUGAUGAUGACCAGCAGGCAGAACGGAGCAGUCGUGUCCUUUGUCAAUGGACUUGUGGAUGGAUCACCGUUACCGGCCCUGUUAAACUUUAUUCCAUGAGAUAACUAAAGAUGUUUAUCGCACAGAAGCCAAAAUAGUCGACAUGGUAAGAACCAUUAUUAUUAUGGUUCACCGUUAUUCCACGAAGUUCUUAAACCACAUCAAUUUUUGUUCAUUGAAGAACCAUUAUUAUGCAAGAGUGUCCUUAAGGCUUGAUGAAGUUUGUUUAAGGUGAUGGUCAAGCAAAGGAAAAAAAAAAUAUGAUCAAAAUAUUUACUAUUGUCCAAAUGCAAAUUUGUUUUGUCGCUUUUUUUCUCCUGCCC